AUGGUUGGAACACUUGAUGAUGCGACGAUCACGGAGUACUUCAGGAACAAGAGCGUCCUCAUCACUGGAUCCACGGGCUUCCUCGGAAAGAUACUGGUGGAGAAGAUCCUGAGGGUCCAGCCGGGCGUGAGGAGGAUCUACCUGCCCGUUCGGGCGGCGGACUCCGCGGCAGCGAGGCGCAGGGUGGAGACCGAGGUCGUGGGGAAAGAGUUGUUUAGGGUGCUGAGGGAGCAGCACGAUGGUGGAUUCGAUGACUUUAUUAUGGAGAAGGUGGUGGCUCUGGCUGGAGAUGUCACGCACGAGGCAUUCGGCAUCGACGCAACCACCCUGAGGGACCUCCAGCUUGCCGAUGAGCUCCAUGUCAUCGUUAACAGCGCUGCUACCACCAACUUCUAUGAGAGGUAUGACGUGGCUCUUGAUGUAAAUGUAAUGGGUGUGAAGCAUAUGUGCGCCUUCGCCAAGAAGUGCCCCAAUCUCGAGGUGCUUCUCCACGUCUCCACUGCUUAUGUGGCGGGCGAGAAGCAAGGGCUGGUGCAGGAGAAGCCGUUCAGGGACGGGGAGACACUGCGCGACGGGACACACCUUGACAUGGACGUGGAACUAAGGCUUGCCAAGGAUGUGAAGAAGCAGAUGGAGGCCGACCCGGAUUCGCCACCCAAGGCCGAGAGGAAGGCCAUGAAGGACCUUGGCCUUAGCAGGGCCCGACACUUUGGGUGGCCAAACACAUAUGUGUUCACCAAGUCUGUGGGGGAGAUGGUGCUCGGCAUGGAGAUGCGAGGUGAGGGCAAUGUCCCCGCCGUCAUCAUCCGCCCCAGCAUCAUCACCAGCAUCAAGAAUGACCCUUUGCCAGGCUGGAUCGAAGGGACCAGGACAAUUGAUACGUUCAUCAUCGGCUAUGCCAAGCAGAACUUGUCGUGCUUCCUUGCCGACCUCAACCUCAUCAUGGACGUGAUGCCCGGUGACAUGGUGGUGAACGCAAUGAUGGCAGCAACGGCAGCGCACGCCUCACCGCCGCCGCAGCCGCCGGCGGUGUACCACGUGAGCUCGUCGCUGCGGCAUCCAGCAACGUAUGCGGUGCUCUACCGGACGGGGAUCCGAUACUUCGAGGAGCACCCGCAGGUGGGGCCCGAUGGUAGGGCUAUGCGCGCCCACAAGAUGAGAUUCAUGGGCAAUAUCACAGCAUUCCACCUCUUCAUGAUAAUCAAAUAUCGCCUCCCCCUUGAGAUCCUUCGCCUGCUCUCCAUCCUCUGCUGCGGCCUCUUUGGCCUUGCCUCCCUCUACAAUGACCUCGACCGCAAGUACAGGUUCAUGAUGCGGCUGGUGGAGGUGUACGGGCCCUUCUCGCUCUUCAAGGGCUUCUUCGAUGAUGUCAACCUUAACAGGUUGAGGCUUUCCAUGGCCGAGAAUGGGAUCGACCAUGUCGGGCUGUUCAACUUUGACCCCAAGACUGUUGACUGGGACAACUACUUCUCCAACAUCCACAUCCCUGGCGUCAUGAAGUAUGUGUUCAAGUGA